GCCGAGACCCGACCCAACACACCCCCCAAAAAAAGGAUAUUUGAAAGGCAUGAGAUUUGCGGCCAACUGCUGGACAACUGCCAGUCAACCGAGAUAGAUCUUAAUUAGUAAUUUAAUGGCAGUUGGCAGACAACAAUAGCUGUGGUAACUGGCUGCCGGGGAGCAGGACGCUCCAGAAGCACCAGAAGUUGGUGGCACCAGCAGCAAGAACUUGAGGAAACAGCACAGACAACAGGAACUGUGGCACAACCAAAAGCCGAUCAGCAGCUCAUUCAGCGUUGAGUGUUUUAUGGUGCUAGACAGCAGCGGCAAUAAGAAGAAGAACAACAACAACAACGGAACAACCUUAACAACCAGCGCCAGCCGCCUGCAGCCUACAGGGGCAGGGCAGGAAAUAUCAUCCACGAAGCGAAAGGAACAAAGCCAUUCAACAAGAUGGCUGGCGGGGGUAGAACAGCCGGAAAGUACGGUUAUUCGGACAACAGUUAUUACAGUAGUCACUCCUACAAGAGCAUCAACGAUGAGAUUAUUCUGGUCAGCAUUAUAAUGGGCAUCACCAUACUGGUGCUCAUCACCAUCGCCCUGUGCUACAUUGCGUAUGAGAAAUGCCAGAAGAAGCGGGAGUACUAUAUCAAUGCCUAGAGAGGC